UGAGCACUUGCAACAUUUUCCUUCCCAUGUAUUUCUUAUAUAUAGACAUACAUCUUAUACGGACCAAGCAAUCUAGGGUUUUGUCAAAAAUCAUAAGAAAUCCCAUUUUUUCCCAUGGCAAAGAAGAGGAAAUCCGAUGCAACGCGCCUAGAUGAGGUGGAUCGUACCUUGUACACCACUUUCAGCAGCGCGGCCAACUCCCUAUCCCACCUCUAUUCUCAGGCAAUGCAUCACCAGAAACUCUCCUUCCAGGCUGGCGAACGCCACUCGCUGGAAAAGCUGUAUAAUUGGAUUGUAAGACAACAUGAAGAUGGGGCAAGAGCGGGAACCAAUGAUAUACUUGCAUAUAUUCAGAACGAACUUGAUCAAUGGACUGAUGAACCCCCACCAUCCCCGAGGUUGCCAUUCCAGCAGCAGCAACAAUCUCAACCUGCAACCCCGAUGAUGCCUUCAGGAUUUCCAGUGUCAUCUAAUUUAUAUGGUCCUGCUAAUACGCGAAAUGUGAACUUUGAUAACCAACCUAGAAACGCUGUUUUCUCGAAUGCUCUCUCCAGUCCAAUCCGUCGAAAUCUCCAGCACUAUCACUUGGCACAGGGAGGUCACUCCAUAAAUCAUGUUAUGCGAAACAACGAGAAUAACGUUUCCCAAAGCAGGGAUCCUAAUCUGCCUAGUUCGAAUGACACUUCAAUGGACAUGCACGCUGAUAGCCCUGAUCACGAUUCUCAUUGCUGAAAUUGAACAUGUGUUCGAAACCUGGAAAUCUCCAUGUGCACACAGGAUAAUGCAUGGAAAGUUGAUGAAAGAGUGAAGAUCUUAGUCAUACGGGUGAACACAAUCUAAAAAAGAAGUUCGUUCCUGCAUCGUCUGAUGGAAAUCAGUCAAGCCUAUUACAUGUUCCUGGUCAUGUCGUAUUUAUCGGUCACUUUUCCUUUCGAUUUCUGCUGCUCAUUGUAUAUUAUCUUUGAAAACAAAGGUUAGUUCAUAAAAUAUCAUUGCGAUUUGGCUGGGGGUGUUUUCUCUUUGAUGUUGCUCUUAUAUAAUUUUUAGAUGAUUUUGUUGUAUAUUGGUUUGAGCAGUACUUUUGACAGAAAAAAAUUAUGAAUGUACUGUACUACACAAUGAUUGUGCACAUCUUUCUUGAACUUGUAAGCAUUAUUUAAUUAACCGAUUGAGGUAUAAUUGAUCUAAA